UUACGCUCUUUUUGUCUUCUUCCUGGACGAGUGUGUGUGUAGGUGUCCUGUCCUGGCAAAAAGCAGCUGGUUUUUGAGUUUUUGGCUAGUUUACAUUUUCAGUUUUCUCACAAAGAUUAAAGUUGAUUCAUCUUGCUAAAAUGUGACGCAGUCUGAGAUGGGAGGAACUGAAAUCCCUUCUUCAGUCUAAAGAAGAAAGUUAGUAUUAGUCAUCAGCCUCCACGAAACUUCAGAGCCCAUGAACUAGACCAAGUUUGAAGGAUAUGAUGGAGCUUAGGUGCAUGAAUGAUGAUAUCCUAAUGCAAGUACUAUCCAAAUUAUCAACUAAGGAUGUGCAUAUGCUGAAGUGUGUUGCUAAGGAGUGGCACAAUCUUACCUUGGACCGCUCUUUCAUAUGCCUUCAAUUAAAGAAGACAGAAGCAGUGUCAGGUUUUUUCUUUCAGGCAAGGUUCCAGUGGUGUGAUGAGGACAUUAGCAAUAUCAGCUACAUUCCUCUUGAAACCAGGAAAACUCAAGUUCACAGCACUGUCCUUAACUUCCUCCCUGAGGAGGUUGGAAUUCUGGCUUCAUGCAAUGGAUUGUUAUGCUGUCGGAGUAGCUACCCUCGUUACCCACCGCUAAUUUAUGUUUGCAAUCCAUUAAACAAGCAGUGGAUGAGUGUCAAUUCGGUUCAUUAUUCCACGAGUGCAAGUGCAGCCUUGGUUUUUGAUCCUUUCAAGUUACAUAAAGAUGACGCUUCACCAAAUUUCAAAAUUGUUACUGUCUCUGAAACUGAAUCAGAAGAUGAACAAUCUAAGUUUGCAUUCCAAAUAUAUUCAUCAGAAACUGGAAAGUGGAGGCAAUCAAGGGAGAUGUGUCACUGCAAUCAGAAAUUGUUCAAAAAGAACGGCAUCUUUGCAGAUGGUUCGUUGUAUUGGCUUAUGGAUGGCGAUAAAAUCCUCAUGUUCAACCCUGAAACUGAGCUAUCUUGGUUGCUUAACGUACCUCUUCCCAUCACAGAAUUCCGUAGCAUUCCUGAGAUAUGUAUUGGGGAAUCGAAAGGAAAGCUGCAGUGUGUGUUGUUGUCUGAAUACGGACUUCAGUUAUGGGCACUUGAGGAUUUCUUUACAUCUCAGUGGAAUCUGACAUGCUCAGUUUCUCUGGAUAAGUUGGAAGAAGAGAACUCUCAGUUCCUUUACCAGAUAGCUGAGAAACUGGCAACUCGUGACACCUUUUGCUGGAUAAAAGUUUUUGCUUUCAAAGAUGGGAUCUUGUUCUUAAGUGUGUCAAGUCAUUUCUAUUCAUAUGACUUUGCUACCAGGAAGAUGAAAAAGCUCUGCGCCAUUUCUGAUUUGGGACCAAACUCCAGAGAGUUUCCAAUGGUUGUUCCAUACACAAUGAGCCUGGUUCUUCUUUGUCCUGUGUAGGAUAGACAAGUCCCCUUCUCAUCCUUCUUGCCAUCAAGUUGUAGAACUAGUAGUAUGGUUGAGGUGUUGGCAGAUGGGUUCGUUCUGAACAAUUCUUGCAUUGCAUGCAUGUGAUUCUGGGAGGAGAAAGGACCUCUAUACUAUAUCCACUUCACUUUGUUAUUUGUUAGCUUCAUUGGCUUUAGCAUGCUGAGCUGAACAACUCCUAAAACUUUUUGAACUUGUUUAUAUCUGUUUGUGCAAGGAGCUUAAGUUUUAUUUGCCGUA